CCUCUUCAGCUUUCUACCUCCAUGAUCAUUACCAUGCAUUUGCAAUGAACCAAGAAAGUGAGUCCACCAGUACACAAAGAGACAGCACUCAGUGGAGACAAACCCUCCACUGACAGCAGUCCAGGGCCCAGAGAUGACUGUGCUGAGUGGGUGGUCCAGUUCUCCAUAGACACACUCCCUGAGGCCAUGAGCAAGACUCAGUGGAAGAAGAAAUUGAAGCAUCAAAAGAAGUUGAAAAAAUGGGAGAAAAUGAAAUGAGAGUUACAGUGGAGGCAGGAAUCCAAGGUGAGAAGAAAGAGAGACAGAAGCAGACAAGCUUUGGGAGGACUCCCUCCACCAAAGAAGACCAGACUGGAAGAUGGAGGCUUCUCAAAAAGUAGUCAGAGAGGGUCCUACAAGAAGAUGAGUGACGAGGGAGCGAGCUCUGUGAGGGUGGCCGUGGACUGCUCUUUUGAACAACUCAUGAGUGCGAAGGAUCAACUGAAGCUAAUCAAACAGUUGCAGAGAUUUUAUGCUGCCAACAGACGAUCAGUAGCUCCCUUUCAGAUCCACUACAGAAGUGAGGACUUUGUGGAGGUGUUUGGUAAAGAGAAUGUUGUGUACCUCCUGGCUGAGUCUACCAAUGUGUUGAAUAGUAGGAGUAAGACUAUAUUGGAGUCAGUUCCUCUCACCAGUGGACAACCCAGAGCCCCCAGUGUCACCCACUCUCUCUGUACAGUCCAGCCCUGGAGUACUCAACUCACCAGCCACACCAGAACUGAGACCAGUUCCUGAGAGUCCAUUCCUUGUGUCCUGUCAGUCCCUCGGGAGUAGGGCCAGACCACCACACAUGGCUAGGUGAGUACAUUAUGGUAGCUACUGUGGGUACAGCUUUUCCGGCACACAAAAUGUCGGUGUAGAUUACACACUUGAUGCGAAUCAAAGCACAGUGAUCAACAUGACUGUAGAUGUCUACUGGCUGUUUCAAUACAUAAUACAGUAUUAUAGCACCAAAUUUUAGAACCGCAUAAUUUUGGCGUCACUAAGUGUGUACUUGCUUACCAAUAACCAAACAUUGCAGUUGGUACGUUUUAUAAUUACUGUACAUUGGUAAGAGAUGGCAUAAUUAUCUCAUGUUCUGAUGACAUAAUUGUAUUGCAUUCUCCCUCACCCCGCCCACACACUUAUACUAUAAACCCACUAGUCUCGUUCCCAGGCUGAUUUUUCUUUAUUGGAAGAGAAGGUGAAAAACACCUAUACUGGCUGGCGUUAUGUUAUAGACAACUUGUCCUGCAUGGGGACGAGGCUAUAGCUAGAUACUCAUAUACCUUCUACAGUUUACACACCCACACAUUUAUACGUAUACCAUGCACCUCUCUUAUUGUG